GAGAGGAAAGCAGCACCGAACAUCAUAUAUUAAGCGAAAUCAAAUUCCUGUUCAGUUUGGCGCAUUAGUGCGAGAAGUAGCCAAGACAGAGGACACCACCAGCCACCACGGUGAAGCACCUACACAACAGGAACACACUGCCAACAAGGUUUACAGCAGAAAAGAAGAAAUUGCUAGAUGUACACUGCGUAGCAAGAGACAACGGUGGCUGACUAAGGUCAAUAAUUGUUUGGAAGAUUUCAAUAUCAUAAUGCAGACGCUGCGCACCGAGUUGAAUGAUGGUCAUGUAAUGGCAGUCAAUGUCAUUUUGGGGAGCUCCAUAAUAUCUGGCCAGGAAGUUUUCUCCAUCAUUUUCCCCCGUGACUGCUCUUCAGCACCUGCCGAGUGUGAAGUUUCAAAUGGUCGACAAACUGUAAUGCAGUUCUUUCGAGUUCUAGUAACAAACGAUGACUUGCUGAAGCUUGUGAGUAAAUCCUUUAAUGUUCAGAAGGUGUGGAUUUUGUUACAGAAGAUGCACUCUCCUGCCACAUCUGACCAGACAGAAUUUUCUGCACCAGAUAUAACCCCUUGUGAUCUUAUACCUCAACCUGGAUAUUCUCCAAAUUUUCGUGCCCAAGUUGUCCAAAUUAAUGUCCGUCAUCUUCGCCCGCCUCCCUCAAUUUUAAUGGACUUUACUCCCACUGUGGGUGCUGGUAUUGUUCAUUGUAGCAAUAUUGCAGAAAAAAGAUCUUUAGGUUUUCAUCCACCCAGUGUGUCAAAAUGUCACUCUUUUUCAAGUGAAACCAACAACCACAGCAGUUCACUCAACACAAAUGAUUUUUCCCCCUUAGCUGAAGAAAAAGAAAUGAGUUCAUCUACUCUUAAAAAAACAUUUUCUCUGAAGGCAUCCAGUAAAGGGAAAACAAAUAAUUUUAAUCAAAGCCAUUAUCUAAAUAACCAGAGAACUUCUUGUGUAAGACCCACCUUAGAAAGUCCUAUAAAUGCUUCUAAGAGGAUAGAACCAAUUGUGGAAACUCCAACAGUCUCUUCUUAUGUCUGUGAAAAUCAGUUCACCCCAAGUAAAUUCUUGACAACACAACUGGGGAAAUUCACUCACUCUGAAAGUUGUUUGGAAGAUGCUGGGUGUGGUGGUGAUAAUGUGGCGUGGUAUCAGAUAGAUCAUGUAAUUUGUGGAUUCAAAGAUUUUUAUUAUAAAUAGUCUCAGUUUUUAUGACACAAUAACAUAAAGCAAAUCUACAAAAAUUCCCAUUUUGUCUCCUAAAUAUAUUUCUCAUAUGAGUUACUUGUAUUUACUGUACUUGUACUGUAUGUAGUAGGUAGUAAGUACUAUGAAAGUCUCUGGCUGAAUCAUUUUAGGAAAGACUUCAAGUGUGUUUGGAAUUCAGAUAUAUAUUUUAAUUUCUAG